GUUGUAUGCUUUUUGAGUUUUUGUGUUUGUUUACGUUUCAAGAGAUAAUAUUGGCUGGUUUAUUUAUUUAUUCUUAAAACAGUUCUCGUUUUAGCAGACCUUGUUAGGGUACAUUUGUUAAUUUUUGAUGUAAACAUUACAGUGAUGGUUUGUCUGUGUCUUUUUAUAUUUUUAUGUAAAAAGUUUCAUUAUGAAAGUUUAUAUAUCUAGAUUCUACUACUGUAAAAAAGAAAAAAAAUGUGUAUGUAUUGACAAGUUCUUGUGUUUUUUAAAGAAAGUUACAUUGAUCAAAACAAAAGGAAAAUGCUCAUUACUUAUUUAUGGGUUUUGUAAAAUUGUCUUUAUUGGUAUUCAGCGUUUAAUAAAAAAGAAAGUAAUUAAUAUAUAUAUUUUUGUGGCAACUAAAGAGUGAGCUUAAUGCCUGUGUUCGCGUACGAAUCUGCUAUGGCAUGUUUAUCUGCCGAAAUAGCUGCCAACCGUUUAUUUGUUCAAGAAGAUCAAAAAAAGUCAUGGGUACUAAACGAAGAGUUGUAUGAAAAAUUGCGUCGCCAACUACAAGAACUUAAAAUGGAAAUUUGUAAGCAAUGCAAGAAAAAUUUCGAGCUAGAAAAAGAAGUUGGAUUUUUUGACCAAAGGAUAGCACUUUUAAUUAACCAUAAAAUUACAGUGGAGGAGUUUCCCGACAAUAUAACAUUUGGUGAACACAGACUGGGUGCAUUAAAAGAUGAUCUGCAGAAACGGUGUUUUGGGAAUUUAUUCUUCUUGCUACAAACGGAACCAAAAUACCUCGCAAAACUCACACGAUCAGUUGCUCCAACAGAAAUAGAUGAGCUUCUACAGAUUGUUAUGUUCAGUUUAUAUGGAAAUCAAUAUGAAGCCAGAGAAGAACAUCUACUACUUAAAAUGUUUGAACUUGCACUCCAAAUGGAGUUUGAUGAGACUGAUGAGUUUGGGAGUUUGAUGCGUGCCAACACUGCAAUAUCAAGAAUGAUGUCUACAUAUACAAGACGGGGACCAGGUGCAGAGUAUUUAAAAGAGACACUACAAGAAAUUGUGGAAGAUUUAAAUGCAAAUAUGGACCUUAAUUUGGAAGUGAAUCCAGUGAAAGUGUACUGUGCCGUACAUCAUGUUAUCGAUGACGAGCAAAAUAAUAUAACAAUGGAACGUGCUUUAAAAGAUCCAAAAGUUGCAGACGUUAUAAAUUAUAGACUUAAAGGACUUGAGGAAAUCACAUCUAGAUUUUUCGAUGCUAUAAUUUCUUCAUUAGAUUACGUUCCUUAUGGAAUUAGAUGGCUGUGUAAAGCUAUAUAUCAACUUUGUCGUGAAAAAUUUCCGGAGAUACCUGUUGAAAACAUAACUGGUUUGAUUGGUGGUUUCUUUUUGCUGAGGUUUCUCAAUCCUGCCAUUGUUUCACCACACAACCACAUGCUUUUGAAUUCCCAACCUAGAGCUGCUAUGAGAAGAAAUUUUGUAUUGAUUGCAAAGUUACUUCAAGCUAUCAGCAACAAAGGUGCCUCACAAGUACUAAAAGAAGUGUAUAUGAAGCCACUACAACAGUUUGUGGCAUCGAGGCAAGAUUCUCUACAGCAUUUUCUGCAUAAAUUAUGUGAUGUGGACGAUUUUCACUCUUACCUUGAGAUUGAGCAGUAUCUGUCGCUUCCUAAAGAUAUGACGAUCUGCAUCACGCUCAAAGAAAUGUACAGACUUCAUGAACUACUCUGCAAAUAUCAAGACUUUCUAAUUGUGGAAGAUAAUGACAAGUUAACAGUGUUGUUAGAAGAACUGGGCGUUCCUGUCCCUUCGUCCUUCGUCCAAGAGAACGUGAGUGUGGACGUGAACCUAUUGAGUCGUUGGGACGUCACCACUAACUUGAAGAAUGAAGUGUCUGACUUUGAUCGGACGUCAGAGCGAGGCAUCAAAGCAUUACGUCAACAAUGUCGGAAGAUUCUUACUCGUCUUCUUAGCACAGCCCCCUAUCUUAUGCAACAGUUAACACUAAAUGACGCGAUAUCACGUGCCAAGAGCGUGCACGAUGAAGAAGUACGAAGACUUGCCACGCUAGCUUCUUCACAUCUGGAAGCGUUACGUCAGAGCGAUAGUAGUUAUAAAGAGGAAGAAUUUUACAAUAUUGUGAAAGAGCGAGUCAUGCAACAAGAAUUGCAAUACGACCGAAUGUUGAGAGAAUUGAAAGGCUUAAGAAACGUAAAAGAGACCUUAUCAUGGCACGGAGAUUUCUUGAGUCAACAGUUGGAUGCGUAUAAAGAAUACCUUCAAGCAGUUCGAAACAAAGCUGCUAUCAGAGAAGGACGUGCCACACCUGGAAAGGUAAACAAACAAACAUCUGGUCCGUUCAAGUUCACCUAUCACCAGCUGGAAAAAGAUGGAGUUAUUUUAGAAAGUAAAUCCAUUACAGACAAGAGGAAACAGAAUAUCUCAUUCACAGUGUUUUCAACCGAACCCGGAAUAUAUCGAAUACAAUUACAUUACAAAAUACCCAUACCUGGUCAUUCAAAUUUGAUGCAACUCGACCUUCAUUUGGAAGAUUUGCUGGAAUUACAACACUUCAGAGAUCCUAUUAUGAAUUUAAACGAAUUCGUGGUACUAGACGUUCGUCACACACUUCUUUUCCUUCAUAAACAUUUUGCACCGAAGAGAUUAUGACUAACCGCCGGUACAUUGAACAGUCAACUAAAAACUUUGAGAAGAUCCUUUCGAAGAGGUGAAGUCCGCAAAUAAAAGAGAUGAAAAACGAUUGACAACUGGAAAUCGAUAUACAUACAUUACCCAAUGACCAACGACGCUCGAAAAGGAGGUAUCUAAAGGGAAACUGUCGCGUAAUGAACACUUCCGUCGCGAAUAAAAUAACCCACGCUGACGCGCACAUCGGUCGCAAUAUGACCACGCAGAGUAUACAGAGGUUACGACAGUCAUAUCUUUAAAUAACCUGCAAUGUUAGUCAUAUCUUGAAAGAACAUGCAAAUAGUUUUCUGUUGUUUAUUGUUCAUAAAGAAGAGAGGUUUUUUUAAACACAAGUUUGAAGGGAAACGAGUUUGUAAUUUUAAAAAGUUUAUUUAUGUUCCUAUUGUAAAUAGAAUGUAGUUAAAAGCCUAGUCUCAAAGACUUCUAGAA